CCCCAGUGGUACAACCGGACGGACUACCCCAUCUUCCUGCAGUACCAGAGGUACCGGAGGCUCCACCCCUCGCAGCCCUUCUACAUCCUGCACCCCCGCUUCGAGUGGCAGGUCUGGCAGCGGAUCCAGGACAACAUGGCCGAGCCCAUCCAGAAGAACCCCCCCUCCUCGGGCCUGCUCGGGACGGUCCUGAUGAUGUCUCUGUGUGACACGGUGCACGUGUACGAGUUCCUGCCGUCCCGCAGGAAGACGGAGCUGUGCCACUACUACCAGCGGUUCCAGGACGCGGCGUGCACGCUCGGCGCCUACCACCCGCUGCUCUACGAGAAGAACCUGGUGAAGAGGAUGAACCAGGGCUCCGACCGCGACAUCUACACCCAGGGACGGGUCACCCUGCCUGGGCUCAGGAAGCUCAACUGCACCCUGGAGGCUGGAGGGUCACCCACACACUGACCACACACACUCGCAGACACACACACACACACACACA